GCACUGAUAGGUGGCACUGACUGGCAUUGAUAGGUGUCACUGACUGCCACUGAUGGGUGACACUGAAAGGCAGCUCAGAUGGGCACUGAUAUGUAGCAUUGAUGUGCACUGCUAGGCACUGAUAUGUGGCAUUGAUGUGGCACUGAUGGGCACUGGCAGGUGGCCUGGAUGAGCACUGACAGCUGGCAUUGAUGGACACUGACUGGUGGCACUGCUGGGGCUACACAGAUCAUCAGGGCACACUGAUCAUCAGUGCUCUGAUGAUCACUGUCAGCGUGACAGCUCGUGAGGAGAGAAAUGCCGAUAACGGGCAUUUCCCUGUUUACAUGUGAUCAGCUGUGAUUGUACA